AAAACACUACUUAAAUUAUAUUGAGUAUUAAAAUAUGCUAAAGAUAAUUUGACAUUAAAUAAAACUUUUAAUUAUAUUUAUAUAAUUUGGUCGUCAAGUUGGUGAGGGGGCUUUGGGAGAUAGUUCGUCUGAUAACUGGGCAAAUUCAUAUGAUGAGUUCCUCAGCGGUCGGACGCUUCCAGGGGUGUCUUUGUAUUUUCUGAUAUGAAUCCAUAUGUUGGUCAUCAAAAUCCUUUAAAAGAAGGUCAAGAGCUAUUGAGGAAAGGACUUUUGAGUGAAGCAGUGCUUGCCCUAGAGGCUGAAGUUAUGAAAAAUCCUGAGAAUGCUGAAGGUUGGAGAUUGCUAGGAAUAACCCAUGCUGAAAAUGAUGAUGACCAGCAGAUCUCAUUGGAAGCUACUGUGCUCGGGGAUCGUCAAGAACUAGUCACACUAUCACUACCCAUUGUUUGGUAUCGCUACGUUUUGGAAUAUCUUAUGGCAUGUAUAGAAUAGACUAGUAGCGGAGGAUAUUUUGGUUAAUGUAUAUAAGCCAUGCGAAAAUAGCUUUAAGUAUACUUUGAUCAUAGCAUUGUAAUCAUUUUGUAUGUCGUCCAUCGAGAGGUAUGGAAAUGUUGGUAACAGUUAGUCAUGGGAAUGGUUAUUCAUGAUCACUUUUGGUAUAUGUAUGACAAACUCUAGUUGAUCCAUGGAGGAUCAUGAAAUAGGUAAAGUUUACCUUAAAAUAAA